AUUUGUUCUCCGCAGCGCCGGGCUAUGAGCGCUGGUCCCUGGCGUCCCGCUCCGGCAAACCAAAGCCUGCGCUGGUUCCCGAGCGCUCUCGGUAGCCUGGCCUCGCCGCGCCCCCUCCUCCGAUGGCGGCGGAGAUCCAGCCCAAGGCGCUGACCCGCAAGCCCAUCCUGCUGCAGCGGGUCGAGGGGUCCCAAGAGGUGGUGAAUAUGGCCGUGAUCGUGCCCAAGGAGGAGGGCGUCAUCAGCGUCUCGGAGGACAGGACAGUUCGUGUGUGGUUAAAGAGAGACAGUGGACAGUAUUGGCCAAGCAUCUACCAUGCAAUGUCUUCUCCAUGUUCAUGCAUGUCUUUUAACCCGGAAACCAGAAGACUGUCCAUAGGUCUAGACAAUGGUACAAUCUCAGAGUUUAUUUUGUCAGAAGAUUACAACAAGAUGACGCCUGUGAAAAGCUAUCAAGCACAUCAGAGCAGAGUGACGAUGAUCCUGUUUGUCCUGGAGCUGGAGUGGGUGCUGAGCACGGGACAGGACAAGCAGUUUGCCUGGCACUGCUCGGAGAGUGGGCAGCACCUGGGAGGUUACCGCACCAGUGCAGUGGCCUCAGGCCUGCAAUUUGAUGUUGAAACCCGGCAUGUAUUUAUUGGUGACCAUUCAGGCCAAGUUACAAUCCUCAAACUGGAACAAGAAAACUGCACCUUGGUCACAACAUUCAGAGGCCAUACAGGUGGGGUGACUGCUCUCUGUUGGGACCCAGUCCAGCGAGUGCUCUUCUCCGGCAGUUCUGAUCACUCUGUCAUCAUGUGGGACAUCGGAGGGAGAAAAGGAACAGCUAUCGAGCUGCAAGGGCACAAUGACAAAGUCCAGGCCCUCUCCUAUGCCCAGCACACGCGGCAGCUAAUUUCCUGUGGCUGUGAUGGCGGCAUUGUUGUCUGGAAUAUGGAUGUUCAGCGGCAGGAGACCCCUGAAUGGUUGGACAGUGACUCCUGCCAAAAGUGUGACCAGCCUUUCUUUUGGAACUUCAAGCAAAUGUGGGACAAUAAGAAAAUUGGCUUAAGACAGCACCACUGCCGCAAGUGCGGAAAAGCCGUCUGUGGCAAAUGCAGCUCCAAGCGCUCCUCCAUCCCCUUGAUGGGCUUCGAGUUUGAAGUGCGGGUCUGUGACAGCUGCCACGAGUCCAUCACGGAUGAAGAACGUGCACCCACGGCUACUUUCCAUGACAGUAAACAUAACAUUGUCCACGUGCAUUUUGAUGCAACCAGAGGGUGGUUACUGACCUCUGGAACUGACAAGGUUAUUAAGUUGUGGGAUAUGACCCCAGUAGUGUCUUGAUGAUGAUGCCUCCUGAGAUCAGAAAGAAAAGUCUUUACUAAAGAAACGGUCGUGCUAAUAAUCCAGAUUGUUGCUGAAGAUAUACAGGAAAGCAGACUCGUGGAAAGAAAAACUGCAGAAUCUAGAUGAACUUUCUGUAUGUAAACUCAUGUGUGGUGGUGAACUAGUGACUGAACUCUUGCAACUUACUCAUACACUAUCAAAGAAGGUAUUUUUUUAAACAAAUGGUUUAUACAGUCUGGCUGUGCUACGUAGUUUUGCGUAUAAUGAAAAACCUGUGUGGGUGUUUUAUUUUUGUAUUUUUUCAAGACUUCAUUUUACUUGUUGCUCCGUGUGUCAGGGAAGUAUCUGUUGAAGGUGUUAGUGGUCAUUAUAACGUAGUUCCUGUGUUCUCUUCACGUAUCUCCAUGUAUCAUGUGGUCGGCAUCUGUUUCUUCUCAUCUCGCUGCAUUUCCUCUAACCAUCGUCUGCUGUUCACCAGCGUCUCUGUACUUCACUGCUGAUUUGCCAUGACUCUGCUUUCAUAUCCUCUUCAGUGGCAAGAUCUGGAAAGCCAUCUGAGUGACUUCCCAACUGCCUCCGUGAUGCACCUGAAGAAUGGUCUGUGUGUCAUGGCAGAUCCACCGGGCUCUGACCCAAUAGAAACGGCCCUGCAUCCUGCCUCAGUGUUCUUUGUCUCUCCCACACUAGAAAUGCGGGAGGAAGCUGCUCCCCACCAUCGUCUUCACACCGGUCCGAUGGUUACAACGCAAAGUUUCAGCCCUCAGUGCCUGGAUCAAUUAGAACUCAGCUGGAACCCCUGGGGCCUUUUAUGUCUUAGUUUAUUUGCACAGCUCUCUCUCCCCCAUAAUAUUUAACCUGAACUGCAGCAGCAACAAAAAGAUCCACAUACAUCAAGGCCCGGUAUCUCUCAGCCGUGCUUCUGCAUAUGAUAUUAACUCUGAACUUGAAGGUGUUCGUUACUAUAAGAUGAUUGUCCUGCUCUAUCCCUCACCAUUUGUAUGUUCUUUCUCUUUAAAAAUGAGCCUGAAGAACACUUUGUUUUUGAGGGAAUUCAGUUGAGCUUAAUAAAGUAAGAUAUUCCUGUUGUAAUGAUUAACUCAGGAUUUUGAAACUCUUAUUUUAAAAACUACACUUUAUUUUCACCUGCGAAAAUAAAAUUAAGCAGCAGUGAACAGCA